AUGAUUAUAAACAUCCUCACGCUGCUGCUUCACGCGGUGCAUGGUUAUCAUGAAGUUUUUCCAAUGCGAUUGCUCCCCGAAACAGAAUUUAUCGACCAGGAGCAUUCAAGUCUCAAGAAAUCGUCCUCUUCGGAAAAAUCCUCUCCAAUCGACUCAAUCUGGCUUUUUGAAAAGACGAUCAAUGGUAAAACAUACUAUGAUGGGACGAAAAAGGAUCCAGGGCCAAGUUCUGGGGCCUUCAGAUUUGAUUUCAUGGAGAAGAAAACAGAAAAAUUCUUUGAUAAAAUUUGGAUUUGCAAAUCUAAAACAGCGAUUACCCGUUGGGCGGUUAUGACUCGCAAGUGUGCAGAUACGAAAGAAUGGAACAUCGUCACCACGGGUUUUGUAUCGAGAAGUUCUGUUGAAAAGAGAUCCAAAAAGGUCUUCAUCGCGACAAAUAAUGGAGAAGAUAUGCCGUAUGGAACCAGGAUUUCAGAAAGAAAACCUUGUUGCUCUCAAAAUGAUGUAAAUUUUACCUACGAGCCUUGCUGCCAUUACAGGCAUUAUCCAAGACCACUUUAUUUGCCAGUUAUUGAACCGCUUGAAUCGAAGAAAAUUGCAUCAGAUUGGUCUCCCUGGAGCCGUUGCUCGACCUCUUGCGGUGGUGGUUCCCAGACCCGCUCUAGAAAAUGCAUUGACGGUGCGAAAUGUACCACAACUGAGAAGCAAUAUUGCGAAGAAAAAGUAUGUCCUCUUCAAUGUUGCGGUACCGGCCUCCGCGAGCGUCGUCAAACCCCUUGUCCCUAUUCUCAUGGCUGCGUUAUGAAACAAACUUGUCAAAGCGACCCUUGUCCAACAUUCGCAAGAAACGCACAGGUCCACGUAAGUGAUGAUUACUUUGAUAAAAUGGAGGUAGGAUGGGCUUGGGGUCCGUGGGGACCUUGGAAUCCUUGCUCGAAGACCUGCGAUGUCGGAUUGACUUGGAGGACGAAAGUUUGCAAAGUUGGCGCUUGUGCUAAGGGCGUUGGGGCUAGAGAAGUCAAGACUUGCCAAGACAGAUAUUGUGAUGAAUGGACAGCGUGGGGCGAGUGGACAAGCUGCAGCGCGACUUGCGGAGGAGGAAUUCGCUCUCGACAGCGAUUUUGCGACGGGGGUAUUGCUGGACACAAGGGUUGCCAAGGCUCGAAAUUUGACAAGGAAGAAUGUCGGAAGCAGAAAUGCCCGGUGAAUGGAGAGAAAAGUGACGGUAAGCUUGUUCCUUCUUUCAGAACGCCUUUUAGUCUUCGUCCAUUUGAGCAGAGUUGCGUGGAUUAUCAUAAUUUCUUCCGAGCUCUCCAUAAUCAGGCGCCUCUUUUAUGGGAUCCAAGUCUUCAAGAAUCCGCUCAAAAGUGGGCCAACUAUCUUACCAAAGCCGCGCCAACUCAUCCUCUCGAGCUCGCAGACGGAUUCAAAGCAACUGAUCACUGGCCUCACUCAGAUCAAGAUGGAGAGUUUCGAGGAAAGGGAAUCGGCGAAAACAUUGCCUGGGAUUUCAGCGCUCAGGGAAGCCCGUGCGAUGAAAGCGUCUACAGAUGGUACGCCGAGUACUUUUAUUUUAACGAAAACAACCCGAUGGUCUCCAGAAGAAAAAAUCAACCAGUUGGACAUUUGACACAAAUGAUGUGGACAUCUACGGAAGCUGUUGGUUGCGCUAAGGCGGAUGUUUUUGUUCCAAACAAAGCGGGGUAUUCUGGUGAUGGAAUGAUUUCGACUUAUACUGUUUGUCAUUACACGCCGCAGGGGAAUAUUAUUGGACUGGAAUUGGAGAAUUGGAAGACGAAGGAUGAGAAAUUGUGUAGCACUUUCGAUGGAAUAACUGGAAAAUCAGAUUGCGGAGAAUCUGGCGCUUGCAUGGGUCUCACCGCCGAAUCAGAAUGCGGAUGCUCCUAUCUGAUGGGCACAAAACUACCUCGCUGCACCGGCCACUGUAUUGUCCAAUGCUGGAACGUCUGGGGCACCAGAAACUUCUGGCCGCAAGAAUGCAUGGGAACAAACUCGUGCACUUGUGAUAAAAACGGCGCUGUUUGUACAUGA